AUGGGGAUAGCACAAAGGAACCUGGCACUGGGCUGGGUGGCUGCCAUCUUGCUGCCACAGAUGGCCAUGGCAGAGCACCCCAAGGGGAGCUUGGAUGUCAAGCCCCAGGUAUUCUCGGACCUGACUCCUUUUGAGAUGAGGAUGGUGCACAACUUCCUGAUGAGCAGGAGAGAGCUGGAGCUACAGCCGUCCGAGACACCCACCUUGGCCAAGAAUUCCGUGUACCUCAUAGAGAUGCUGCUGCCCACGAAGAAAAAGGUGCUGGAUUUUCUGGACAAAGGAAAAGCGACUCCCGUGCGGGAAGCCCGAGUCGUCAUCUUCUUCGGUGCCCAAGAGCACCCCAAUAUCACCGAGUUUGCUGUGGGGCCCCUGCCACAGCCCAUCUACAUGCGAAUGAUAUCUCCCGGGCCUUGGCACCAUCCAUCCUGGACAUCCAGACCCAUCAACAAAGCAGAGUACAGCCUUAUCCACCACACCCUGAAGAAGGCCACUGAGCCCCUGCAUCAGUUCUUCCUUGACACCACUGACUACUCACUAAAGGACUGUGAUGAGGAUUGUCUGACCUUCACGUAUGUGGCCCCCCAUGUCACGGAGCCUGACCAGCGCCGUAGCUGGUUUAUCUUGCAACGAUAUAUGGCAGACCAGUCCCUGCAGCCCACGGGCCUGGAGAUCCUUCUGGAUCACGGGAGCACAGAUGUACAGCUCUGGAAAGUGGAGCAGGUCUGGUACAACGGCAAACUCUUCAACAGCCCAGAGGAACUGGCUCAGAAGUAUGAAGACGGAGAAGUGGACAUAGUGGUCAUUAUGGAGUCACUGCCCAAGGACACAGAGCAGCCCCAACCCUCCUCUUUCUCAGUUACCCCAAAGAAAUCCCCCACCACCAUCAGCAUGGAUAGACACAGAGAGGCUGAGUUCUACAUCCCUCCCUAUAACAUAGAGAACAACACAGUGUAUUACAGAAAUUGGAUUUUCUCCUUCCGGCUACGACCCUCUUCUGGCUUGCAGAUCCUGAAUCUUCAGUUCCGGGGUGUGCGCAUUGCCUAUGAAGUCAGUGUACAAGAGGCUAUGGCACAGUUUGGAGGACAUAUACCUGCAGGCAUUCGGACCAAAUACAUGAAUGUGGGCUGGGGCCUAGACAAUGUCACUCUCCAGUUAGUCCGUGGCAUUGAUUGUCCACACACAGCCACCUUCCUGGAAGUCAUCCACCACUAUGACACCGACAAACCAGUCUCCUAUCCGCAAGCUCUCUGUCUCUUUGAGAUGCCAGUAGGAAUACCAAUCAAACGCCACUUUGACUCCAACUUUAAAGUCAACCUCAACUCCGGUGCAGGGUCGAGUGAACAUGUGCUGGUGCUACGGACAAUCUCCACAGUCCACCACUAUGAUUAUAUUUGGGACUUCAUCUUCUACCCCGAUGGAGCGAUGGAAACAAAGAUGCAAGCCACCGGCCUGGCCCAUGCUACCUUCUACCAGCCCAAGGAGAUGAGAUACAUCUCUCAAUCACAUACCCAUCUAUUCAGCAACAUCCACACUCACCUUGUACAUUACCGUAUUGACCUGGAUGUAGCAGGCAUGAAGAACAACUUCCAGACAGUGCAAAUCAUCCGGGAAAACAUCACCAGGGACUCAGGACAUCAUGUAACACGGAACACCAUAAAGCGAAUGACUUAUUCCCAGGAGCAGCAGGCAGCCUUCCACUUCGGAAACCCACUUCCCAAUUACCUGGUCUUUAGCAACCUCCAGAAGAACUAUUUAAACCAGGGGAGCAGCUACCGUCUGCAGAUCUACUCCCAAAUCCAUCAGGUGGGACUGCCAGGAUGGCAAAAGAAGAGAGGUGUCUCUUGGGCCAGGUACCCCUUGGCUGUGACCAAAUACCGAGAUUCUGAGAGAUGCAGCAGCAGCAUCUACAACCAGAAUGAUCCCUGGAACCCUCCGGUAGUCUUUGAGGACUUCAUUCAGAACAAUUCGAACAUUGAAGAUAAGGAUUUGGUGGCCUGGGUCACAAUGGGCUUCCACAACAUGCCCCGUUCUGAGGAGAGCACCAACAUGACCACACCUGGGAACUCCGUAGGCUUCAUGCUCCGGCCCCUCAACUUCUUCCAGGUCUUCUAG